CGGAAGCUGCUCUCGGUCCGGCAGACGAACACAAAUACGACAACAGAGUGAAGCUAACCAGCAGCUAACCAGCAGCUAACCGACCGGCCAAAUAAACUCCAGUUCUGAGCGUCACUUUGUCCUCCUGCCGGACCAGAGCAGCUUCCGUCCGCAGCAAAGAACCGAACCUCUGCCGAGAUGCCUGAAACUGAGAGCUACUCCAACCCUUUGGCCCCUGAAGGCCACGAGGUGGACGACCACAGAGCUGCUGCUCAGUCCAAACUGACCAAUGACGACUUCAGGAAGCUGCUGAUGACACCGCGGGCGGCGCCAUCGUCGGCUCCGCCCUCUAAGUCCAGACAUCAUGAAAUGCCAAGGGACUACAACGAGGACGAGGACCCUGCAGCGAGGAGGAGGAAGAAGAAGAGUUAUUAUGCUAAGCUACGUCAGCAGGAGAUGGAGAGAGAGCGAGAGCUGGCCGAGAAGUACCGAGACCGAGCGAGAGAGCGACGAGACGGCGUCAACAAAGACUACGAGGAGACGGAGCUGAUCAGCACCACGGCCAACUACAGAGCUGUGGGCCCCACCGCUGAGGCAGAUAAGUCUGCAGCUGAGAAGCGUCGGCAGCUCAUCCAGGAGUCCAAGUUCUUGGGAGGUGACAUGGAGCACACUCACUUGGUGAAAGGUCUGGACUUCGCUCUGCUGCAGAAGGUGAGAGCUGAAAUCACCAGUAAGGAGAAAGAAGAAGAAGACAUGAUGGAGAAAGUCCAGAAAGAGGCCAAGAAGGACGUGGAGCCGGAGGAGAAGAUCGAGUUUAAGACUCGUCUCGGUCGGAACAUCUACAGAACAGUGUUCAGAUCCGGUCUGCCCGAGAGGAACGAACUGUUCCUGCCCGGCAGGAUGGCCUACGUGGUGGACCUGGAUGACGAGUUCACUGACACUGACAUCCCGACAACUCUGAUCCGCAGC